CUCAGUGCGGGUCACCCCGUGCGUGGCAGGAUCCAGGGUCCACAGCUCAGUGCGGGUCACCCCGUGCGUGGCAGGAUCCAGGUGCUUGAGCCAUUAGCUGCUGCCUUGCAGGUGGGCACUCGAGGCUGGAGUCAGAGUGGAGCCAGAGCUCCAGCCCAGGCACUCCGGUGGGGGCAGGCUUCCCAGGCAGCGUCUUAACCGCUCCAGGAAACACCUGUCUCUCAUCUAACUUAAGAUGUUCAUUUUUAUGAAAAGGGACACUUUGUAUUCUUGAUAUUUUGGUGAAUCUAGUUCUUUAACAGGAGAACUAGACUGUAGAGUUCAUUUGUGAACAGAGCUCUCCUUAGACUUCUGGGUUAUUUCUGGGGAUUAUAUUUACACUCAGCAGCGGGGAGCAGACGAAAGGCGUCUACACCACCUUCUCUGGACCUGGAGUCUCCUGUUUUAACUUCACUGUAAAUACCAGCUGGGACGUACUCCAUUCAUUGGCUGGAUUUUAAGUCCCGUAAAAUCAUACAGACCUAAGUAGAACAGGUAUCCUAGUCGCCUUUUGUUUUUGUAACCCUUUUAACUGUAAAGUAUGAACAUCUUCCGUGGUCACUGAAUGUGUGCUUGGAUCCUAAUUAAUGGCUCCAUGUUCAUUGUGUAACUAACAUAAAAAGGUACCCCACCUUCUGUAAUAUUUAACUUUUAAUUUGUAGCAUCCCCACAUUUCUGUGUCUUUUAAAUUGAACUCUUACACCAGUUUUGGAUUAGCAGUCAGACCCCGAAAAUUACUGGAGGAAAUGAGAGCUGAGAAGGCAGAGAUGUAGAAUUAAGCGAUUGGACGCGCUGUUUCUGUUCCGUGGGAGCUAAGAGACUUGGGCACAGAGGAGAAUUCAGAACUCUGUGAGGCAGGCGGCAGGAGAGCUGACGUCACACAGCCUGCAGCAUGGAAGGCGAGUGAGUGCGCCCUGCGGGGGUAGCACGAGACCGCGCUCCCAGAAGCCAGCGCCUCGACUCUGGAUCCCACUUCUUCCCAGCGGGACUGCUAGCGCCUCCUCUCUCAAAGUGCAGGGCUCAGAAGUUCCUGAUAGAAUCUCCCGUCUCCUGAAGGUCGGGAAAAGAUGUUUGACCUCAAGACCAAGGUGAUGAUCGGCAUUGGCAGCAGCCUGCUGCUGGCCGCCGUGGUGCUGAUAGGGGUUGUCAUCGGCCUUUACAUCAAAGUGUCCAACGCGCUGAAAGCUGCAAAGGAACCUGCUGUUUGUGGAACCAAGCAUUCAACCAAGGUCUUCCCAGGAAAAACCAACCCCACGGAUUCCUGUCGUGCCUUCCCAUGCUGUGACAACAGUAGCAUGUAUACAGAUUUCGAUCCCCUGCCACCUUGCUCGUGUGCAACCAACGAGGGACUCUGACUCGGGAAAUGUGGGCACUAAAAUCUUCAUGAGCAGUAUUUCCCUCUUAUUAGAAUGUCCUACUAUCCAAUCAGGUUCUGUAGUAUUUACAUCACACGAUUUCUGUACAAUGUUAUUUUAUGUGCUUUUGAGUAAAUGUAUGGUAUUAAAGAGAA